AUGUCCAUCACCCCGCCCCAUUCUCCCUCUUUCCAUCACCCCGCCCCGUUCUCCCACUUCCAGCACCCCGCCCCAUUCUACCUCUAUCCAUCACCCCACCCCAUUCUCCCUCUUUCCAUCACCCCACCCCAUUCUCCCUCUUUCCAUCACCCCGCCCCAUUCUCGCUGUUUCUAUCACCCCGCCAUAUUCUCCCUCUUUCCAUCACCCCGCCCAAUUCUCCCGCUUUCCAUCACCCCACCCCAUUUUCCCUCUUUCCAUCACCUUGCCCCAUUCUCCGUCUUUCCAUCAACCCGCCCCAUUCUCCCUCUUUCCAUCACCCCGCCCCAUUCUCCCUCUUUCCAUCACCCCACCCCAUUCUCCCUUUUUCCAUCACCCGCCCAAUUCUCCCGAUUUCCAUCACCCCGCCCCAUUCUCUGCUUUCCAUCACCCCGCCCCAUUCUCUGCUUUCCAUCACCCCGCCCCAUUCUCCCUCUGUCCAUCACCCCACCCCAUUCUCCCUCUUUCCAUCACCCCUCCUCAUUCUACCUUUUUCCAUCACCCCGUCCCAUUCUCCCUCUUUCCAUCACCCCGCCCCAAUCUCCCGCUUUCCAGCACCCCGCCCCAUUCUCCCGCUUUCCAUCACCCCGCCCGAUUCUCCCGCUUUCCAUCACCCCGCCCCAUUCUCCCGCUUUCCAUCACCCUGCCCCAUUCUCCCUCUUUCCAUCACCCCGCCCCAUUCUCCCGCUUUCCAUCACCCGCCCCAUCUUCCCGCUUUACAUCACCCCGCCCCAUUCUCCCGCUUUCCAUCACCCUGCCCCAUUCUCCCUCUGUCCAUCACCCCGCCCUAUUCUCCCUCUUUCCAUCACCCCGCCCCAUUCUCCCUCAUUCCAUCACCCCGCCCCAUUCUCCCGCUUUCCAUCAACCUGCCCCAUUCCCCCUCUUUCCAUCACCCCGCCCCAUUCUCGCUCUUUCCAUCACCCCGCCCCAUUCCCACUCUUUCCAUCACCCCGCCCCAUUCUCCCUCUUUCCAUAACCCCGCCCCAUUCUCCCGCUUUCCAUCACCCCACCCCAUUCUCCUGCUUUCCAUCACCCGCCCCAUUCUCCUGCUUUCCACACCCCGCCCCAUUCUCCCGCUUUCCAUCACCCCGCCCCAUUCUCCCGCUUUCCAUCACCCCGCCCCAUUCUCCCUCUUUCCAUCACCCCGCCCCAUUCUCCCUCUUUCCAUCACCCCGCCCCAUUCUCCCGCUUUCCAUCACCCCGCCCCAUUCUCCCGCUUUCCAUCACCCCGCCCCAUUCUCCCGCUUUCCAUCACCCCGCCCCAUUCUCCCUCUUUCCAUCACCCCUCCCCAUUCUCCGUCUUUCCAUCACCCCGCCCCAUUCUCCCUCUUUCCAUCACCCCGCCCCAUUCUCCCUCUUUCCAUAACCCCGCCCCAUUCUCCCGCUUUCCAUCACCCCGCCCCAUUCUCCCGCUUUCCGUCACCCCGCCCCAUUCUCCCGCUUUCCAUCACCCCGCCCCAUUCUCCCGCUUUCCAUCACCCCGCCCCAUUCUCCCUCUUUCCAUCACCCCGCCCCAUUCUCCCUCUUUCCAUCACCCCGCCCCAUUCCCACUCUUUCCAUCACCUCGCCCCAUUCUCCCUCUUUCCAUAACCCCGCCAAAUUCUCCCGCUUUCCAUCACCCCACCCCAUUCUCCUGCUUUCCAUCACCCCGCCCCAUUCUCCCUCUUUCCAUUACCCCGCCCCAUUCUCCCGCUUUCCAUCACCCCGCCCCAUUCUCCCUCUUUCCAUCACCCCGCCCCAUUCCCCCUCUUUCCAUCACCCCGCCCCAUUCUCCCUCUUUCCAUCACCCCGCCCCAUUUUCCCUCCUUCCAUCACCCCGCCCCAUUCUCCCUCUUUCCAUAACCCCGCCCCAUUCUCCCGCUUUCCAUCACCCCGCCCCAUUCUCCCGCUUUCCGUCACCCCGCCCCAUUCUCCCGCUUUCCAUCACCCCGCCCCAUUCUCCCGCUUUCCAUCACCCCUCCCCAUUCUCCCGCUUUCCAUCACCCUGCCCCAUUCUCCCGCUUUCCACACCCCGCCCCAUUCUCCCGCUUUCCAUCACCCCGCCCCAUUCUCCCGCUUUCCAGCACCCCGCCACAUUCUCCUGCUCUCCAUCACCCCGCUCCAUUCUCCCGCUUUCCAUCACCCCGCCCCAUUCUCCCGCUUUCCAUCACCGUGCCCCAUUCUCCCGCUUUCCAUCACCCCGUCCCGUCCUCCCGCUUUCCAUCACCCGCCCCAUUCUCCCUCUUUCCAUCACCCCGCCCCAUUCUCCCGCUUUCCAUCACCCCGCCCCAUUCUCCCUCUUUCCAUCACCCCGCCCCAUUCCCCCUCUUUCCAUCACCCCGCCCCAUUCUCCCUCUUUCCAUCACCCCGCCCCAUUUUCCCUCCUUCCAUCACCCCGCCCCAUUCUACCUCUUUCCAUAACCCCGCCCCAUUCUCCCGCUUUCCAUCACCCCGCCCCAUUCUCCCGCUUUCCCACCCCGCCACAUUCUCCUGCUCUCCAUCACCCCGCUCCAUUCUCCCGCUUUCCAUCACCCCGCCCCAUUCUCCCGCUUUCCAUCACCGUGCCCCAUUCUCCCGCUUUCCAUCACCCCGUCCCGUCCUCCCGCUUUCCAUCACCCGCCCCAUUCUCCCUCUUUCCAUCACCCCAUUUCAUUUUCCCGCUUUCCAUCAACCCGCCCCAUUCUCCCGCUUUCCAUCACCGUGCCCCAUUCUCCCGCUUUCCAUCACCCCGUCCCGUCCUCCCGCUUUCCAUCACCCGCCCCAUUCUCCCUCUUUCCAUCACCCCGCCCCAUUCUCCCGCUUUCCAUCACCCCGCCCCAUUCUCCCUCUUUCCAUCACCCCGCCCCAUUCCCCCUCUUUCCAUCACCCCGCCCCAUUCUCCCUCUUUCCAUCACCCCGCCCCAUUUUCCCUCCUUCCAUCACCCCGCCCCAUUCUACCUCUUUCCAUAACCCCGCCCCAUUCUCCCGCUUUCCAUCACCCCGCCCCAUUCUCCCGCUUUCCGUCACCCCGCCCCAUUCUCCCGCUUACCAUCACCCCGCCCCAUUCUCCCGAUUUCCAUCACCCCUCCCCAUUCUCCCGCUUUCCAUCACCCUGCCCCAUUCUCCCGCUUUCCACACCCCGCCCCAUUCUCCCGCUUUCCAUCACCCCGCCCCAUUCUCCCGCUUUCCAGCACCCCGCCACAUUCUCCUGCUCUCCAUCACCCCGCUCCAUUCUCCCGCUUUCCAUCACCCCGCCCCAUUCUCCCGCUUUCCAUCACCGUGCCCCAUUCUCCCGCUUUCCAUCACCCCGUCCCGUCCUCCCGCUUUCCAUCACCCGCCCCAUUCUCCCUCUUUCCAUCACCCCAUUUCAUUUUCCCGCUUUCCAUCAACCCGCCCCAUUCUCCCGCUUUCCAUCACCCCGCCACAUUCUCCAGCUUUCCAUCACCCCGCUUGAUUCUCCUGCUUUCCAUCACCCCGGACCAUUCUCCCGCUUUCCAUCACCCCGCCCAAUUCUCGCUCUUUCCAUCACCCCGCCCCAUUCUCCCUCUUUCCAUAACCCCGCCCCAUUCUCCUGCUUUCCAUCAUCCCGCCUCAUUCUCUCGCUUUCCGUCACCCCGCCCCAUUCUCCCGCUUUCCAUCACCCCGCCCCAUUCUCCCGCUUUCCAUCACCCCUCCCCCUUCUCCCGCUUUCCAUCACCCCUCCCCCUUCUCCCUCUGUCCAUCACCCCACCCCAUUCUCCCUCUUUCCAUCACCCCUCCCCAUUCUCCGUCUUUCCAUCACCCCGCCCCAUUCUCCCUCUUUCCAUCACCCCGCCCCAUUCUCCCGCUUUCCAUCACCCCGCCCCAUUCUCCCGCUUUCCAUCACCCUGCCCCAUUCUCCCUCUUUCCAUCAACCCGCCCCAUUCUCCCGCUUUCCAUCACCCGCCCCAUUCUCCCGCUUUCCAUCACCCCACCCCAUCUCCCCGCUUUCCAUCACCCCGCCCCAUCUCCCCGCUUUCCAUCACCCCGCCCCAUUCUCCCUCUUUCCAUCACCCCGCCCCAUUCUCCCGCUUUCCAUCACCCCUCCCGCUUUCCAUCACCCCGCCCCAUUCUCCCUCUUUCCAUCACCCCGCCCCAUUCUCCUGCUUUCCAUCACCCCACCCCAUUCUCCCGCUUUCCUUCACCCCGCCCCAUUCUCCCUCUUUCCAUCACCCCGCCCCAUUCUCCCUCUUUCCAUCAACCCGCCCCAUUCUCCCGCUUUCCAUCACCCCGCCCCAUUCUCCCGCUUUCCGUCACCCCGCCCAAUUCUCCCGCUUUCCAUCACCCCGCCCCAUUCUCCCUCUUUCCAUCACCCCGCCCCAUUUUCCCUCUUUCCAUCACCCCGCCCCAUUCUCCCUCUUUCCAUAACCCCGCCCCAUUCUCCCGCUUUCCAUCACACCGCCCCAUUCUCCCUCUUUCCAUCACCCCGCCCCAUUUUCCCUCUUUCCAUCACCCCGCCCCAUUCUCCCUCUUUCCAUAUCCCCGCCCCAUUCUCCCGCUUUCCAUCACCCCUCCCCAUUCUCCCGCUUUCCAUCACCCCGCCAUAUUCUCCCUCUUUCCAUCACCCCGCCCCAUUCUCCCGCUUUCCAUCACCCCACCCCAUUCUCCCUCUUUCCAUCAUCCCACCCCAUUCUCCUUCAUUCCAUCACCCCGCCCCAUUCUCCCUCUUUCCAUCACCACGCCCCAUUCUCCCGCUUUCCAUUUCCCCUCCCCAUUCUCCCGCUUUCCAUCACCCCGCCCCAUUCUCCCUCUUUCCAUCACCCCGCCCCAUUCUCCCGCUUUCCAUCACCCCCCCCAAUUCUCCCACUUUCCAUCACCCCGCCCCAUUCUCCCUCUUUCCAUCACCCCGCCCCAUUUUCCCUCUUUCCAUCACCCCGCCCCAUUCUCCCUCUUUCCAUAACCCCGCCCCAUUCUCCCGCUUUCCAUCACCCCGCCCCAUUCUCCCUCUUUCCAUCAACCUGCCCCAUUCUUCCGCUUUCCAUCACCCCGCCCCAUUCUCCCGCUUUCCAUCACCCCGCCCCAUUCUCCCGCUUUCCAUCACCCCGCCCCAUUUUCCCUCUUUCCAUCACCCCGCCCCAUUCUCCCUCUAUCCAUAA